AUGGCACUUUAAUUGCAAUAGUUAGUUUUCGAAUUCAGUGUUUUUCCGGUCUUUAUUCGAUAUUUUUUCUAGAGAUCAUAAUUAUUUAUAAAUAAAUGAAUUAGUAGCAACAAUGUAUAUGUCAGUUGUAGGCGUUAAAUAAAUUUAAAUUAACGCUUUGUUUUGCCAAUACAAUAUAAUAUCAUAUUAUAUUUUAUGACAUACCUACCUAAAUAGUAUCUACAUGGAAUUUAUAAUUUAUUUGGUAUAGUAUUAGUAUAAAUAAUAAUAUUACAGGUAAAUUAACAUUUAUCUUACUGGGUUACUAUUGAGUUUGACUAAAGAUAUGCUGAGUACAAUUAUUUCCACACGAUCAGUACGGUGAAGAUAAUAUCAUAAUACAUUUUUAUUAAAAAAAUGUGCAGUAUUCUUUAUUAUUUCAACUCGAAAAAUAUAUGCACUCAAGAAAAAUGAAGCUCAGAUUUUAUCGAAACGGAAAAUGUACCUUCCUUAAUGUAAUCUCGUAUUAAUUUAAAAAUUAAAUGAGUAAAUGAGUGAUGCAUGCAAUAUUUUUCGAAUGUUAAACGGCCGAAAAAAAUGUUUCAUGAAAAACCAGCCACAAAUUGUUGCUCAAUCAAGUUGUUUAAAAUUUGGUUCGACUGUUUAUGUUUCCAUUUUGGGAGUUUAGAUUUGCCAUCAAAAAUCAUUGAAGGAGAUAAUAAUUAAUUACUAAAUUUAUCAUUAAAAUAUGGAAAUACUGAACUUACAAUUAUCAUCAGACAAUAGUACAGAAUUAGUCUUAUCUUAUCAAUGGCUAAUCUAUAUGUUCCAAAACAAACAAAAUUGUUAAACAACAGCUGAUAGCACUUAUCCAAUCGGUUAUAGGAAACGUGCUGGUGUGGAUAACAAAACAUGAAUGUUUUCGGUAUAAAAGCCUAACCGGAUAAAUGGUUUGUACGCAUUAUUCGCCGUCGUUUUAACGGUUCACUCGUUACAAAAUGAUGUCGUUAAGAGCCGCCGCAGCUUUGACGGUUAUUUGUUUGGCCAUGGUCUUGGCUGACUGUACAAACAUCCCAGAAACACUAUCGCCGUUCCCGGAUAAUCCAUUGACCAGUCCAUUUACGGAUGCCUGCAAAAACAUUGACUUUUCGCAAUCAUUCCCUUUGCCCCAGCUCAAGGAAUUUCCGUGCUCAAUUGUACCUCCCGCCUUAUCUACUUUUUUCUCUCCUCCUUUUUCUCAACUAAACUGCUUUUCGUCGGGACCAAUUCCAGACGCAACAGAAACACCUGCCGAAGAGUUGACUUCCUAAACUCGUCUACAACAGACAUACCUCGACCUAAUAAUGAGCGCUACACCAAUUUUGACCAUCAAGUUUAUAAUAUAAUAAUAUUAACUUAAGCAUUGACAAUUACAUAUUUUAACCGAUUCUUAUUUAUACUUUACGUAGCUAUAUGUGCAUAUUUUUUUAUUAGCUUAAUAAAUUACAUUCUAGAACACA